UACACUCCAGAGAGAGGAAUGGUGGCUAAAUGUGAAUACACUUUGAAUUUGGGGGAUCUUGGGACUUCCCUCUGGCUUCUGCAGCUUCUGGACCUCCCCUAUUGAUUUAGUAUAAAUACAGUUCAAGUUCAAAGAGGAACAUAUGAUGUUGAUGAGUAGUCUUCACAAACCCUCUGCAAAAUGGCAACGGCACAACUACAAUGGCCAAUGGCCUUACCUGUUAGGCGCCAGCAUUGUCCCAGAGGAGACUCACCGAUCCCUUUUCCGCACGAUCCAACAUUCCUGAACGCAACUCACGCCUCUCUUCUGGUUGUCCAAGACCGUAAAUCGACCCGAUCCUCCCGGUUAACCGUCACCGUGCUCAACGGCUCAGACGGCAAAAGAGUCCCAUUGGUCCUCAAGAGCACAGACACCAUCGGCAAACUUCAGAAGAGUUUCCUACUGAAGCAUCCUGACCUGACGGGAAGCCUGAACCUCGCCUACAACGGCAAGCCCGUCCAGGGGCACCAGAGCCUGGGAGAGCUGGGGGUGAAGAAUGGGGCUACCUUCAUCACCUUUCAGAGAUGUCUUGGAGGGUAGAUGUGGAGUAAACGUGGAGCAAUAGAUGUGGAGGAGGGCUGAUUCCAUUUAUCUAUCCCAUAGUAUGAAAUAAUAUACAAACAUUAUAUGUUAAUGAUUUUGUAAUUUACAAAGAACAAUUGCAUUAGACAUAUCAGGUGUUCUUUUUGCACAACAUAAUAUAUGCUUUCUUGAUUCAAAUACCAACCAAGGUGAUACUGUAGCCUACUGAGGGAGGAUUCACAAUGAAUAAUGUCAAGCCAUCUCUUUCCUUUAUGUUAAAGUAACUGUCCAGUCUUUCCCAUACUUCUAUAAAAUAUGACCUAUAAAUACUUA